CUGCGGGAUCAGACGAAUCCCUCUUUAACGGGAGAGGGUCACUCUUAUACCAUUCUACAUUGGACUGUUUUUAAGUUUUGCAUGCAGAAGCUUUGCCGCCGGAAAAGACAAAAGGUUUCCCGAAACUUAGAAGUCUACUACUUCUCAACAUCUCCACAUGCUGCAUGCUGCUGCAUUCAGCCAUCGAGGGGAAGCUAUUUUAAAUUAACGCAUCGCAAGAACAAAUGGAGCAAACCUACGGGGAGGUGAAUCAGCUCGGGGGAGUUUUUGUCAAUGGACGUCCUUUGCCCAAUGCUAUAAGAUUACGAAUAGUGGAGUUAGCCCAGCUUGGGAUUCGACCCUGUGACAUAAGCAGACAGCUCCGGGUAUCCCAUGGGUGUGUGAGUAAAAUCCUGGCGAGAUACAACGAAACUGGGUCUAUUUUGCCAGGCGCAAUCGGUGGGAGCAAACCACGCGUUACGACUCCAAAUGUAGUAAAAAACAUACGGGAAUACAAACAGGGAGACCCGGGAAUUUUCGCAUGGGAGAUCCGGGACCGUCUUCUCGCGGAUGGAGUAUGUGAUAAAUACAACGUUCCUUCGGUCAGCUCCAUCAGUCGGAUACUAAGGAACAAGAUUGGAAACCUCUCCCAGCCCAUCCAGUAUGAGAAUGGCAAGCAAGUCCCUCCGCAGUCCAGCAUCUCCUAUAACCAUAUAUAUCCGUAUUCAUACCCCAAUGCAAUGUCUCCUUCCGGGACCAAAAUGAGCAAUACAGCCGGUGUCCCUGUCACGGGUGGACAUGUAAGCAUUUCCCGUGGUUGGCCUUCAGCGCAUACGGUCAGCAAUAUAUUGGGUAUUCGGGCUUUCAUGGAUCCAACAGCUAUCUCUAGCGCUGAAGGGUACGCACCAAAAAUGGAGGACUGGGGUGGUGUCAAUAGAGCGGCAUUUCCUUCUGCUCAUGGAGUCAAUGGAAUAGACAAACCAGCUAUCGAUGCAGACAUUAAAUACCCUCAGCCUUCAUCGACUUUGUCUAGUUAUGUCCCGGCGUGCGCUUACUCUCCCUCCAACCAGUAUGGCGUGUACAGCGGUCCAGGCAGUUAUGUGAGCACAGGGCAUCACUGGCAGACCCAGGGCACCAGCCUCUCCCACCCGGGCGGUGGUGUGACGAUGUACCCGAGUGACAUCCAUUCUUCUAUGGCGUUCAAACAUGGUGUGCGAGACGGAGACAGAAAACCCCCAAGUCCCCUAAGUAAGCAGCACGAGGCCCUGAGCAGCAUACACGGACUUAGUCUUCCUACCUCAUCAACAUAAAUUGAGCGCAUUUCAAGAAAACAACGCCCGUAAGUUCAACCAGUGCACAUCCUCCGAUGGCUUUGUCUUGGUUCGAGGCUUCGAGCCAAUGUUCAGUGCUUUCUGUAGGAAAAAAUAAAAGAUCUUUGUAAAUCCUUAUGAAUGUAUAGGCUUACAAAUUUUUUUUUUUUUUUUUUUUUUACUGUAACUCUUACUCUGUCUACAGACAAUAGUUGUUUUUUGGUUGGCUGUAAAACCAAUAUGUAAAAAUUCUGUUUUUGUUUAAGCUAUUUAUGAAAAUGACACCAAAGCAGAUGCAAAAUGAAAUUUGUGAUCUUAACAAGGAAAUCAUGCACAUCAGUACAUUUUAAAAUACAUUAUAUAGUUAUGUAAAACCCUCACACAACCCCAUAUGUGAACAAAGAAAUGAAAAGUUAAUGUAAAUAUGAAGAAAGCUUUAGUUAUAUAUUUUUAUAAAUUCAUGUAAAUAUGCUUAAUAAAGGCAUUGUACAAAUAAAG